AUGAUGUUCUUCAAGGCCUUACCGGGUCUUCUCUUCGUCGGCGCCGUGUCCGCUGCCUCCGACAAGACCUAUGACUAUGUUAUUGUGGGAGGAGGUACCGCCGGUUCCGCCUUGGCGACCCGUCUGAGUCUCGGUCUUCCGAACGCUCAGAUCCUGCUCCUCGAAGCCGGUCCGUCCGCUCUCGAUGAGCUCCGCAUCAACGUCCCCGGCCUUCGAGGCUCGAUCCUGGGGACGAACUACGACUGGAACUUUACCACUGUCGAUCAAAGCGGUCUUGGUGGUCGUCAAAUUGCCGUCAAUCGUGGGAAAGUUUUGGGUGGCUCCUCCGCCAUGAAUUACCUUUGCUACGACCGCGCUUCAUCUCCAGAGUACGAGUCGUGGGCCGAGAUGGGCAGCGAGGGCUGGACAUGGAAUACGAUGAUCGAGGCCAUGACGCAGUCGGAAAACUUCACUGGGUCAGACAAUGAUCCUCGCGGUCGCUCUGGACCGAUCAGAAACACCUACAACCGUGUCAUAUACGACGUUCUCAACACAUGGCAGCCGGCUGGUAGCGAACUCGGUCUUCCAAUUAAUGAGGAGGGAAACAUGCAUGGCAACCCAAUUGGUAUCAUGUUCCAAGGCACCAACAUCGACAACACCGACUACAGCCGGUCUUACAGCGCCAACAGCUACUUGCCUCUUGCUGGGUCAAACCUGGUCGUCCAGACCAACUCCCAAGUUGUGAAGGUAAACUUGGAGAAAGCAGGCGAGAACGACUUUUCCGCAACAGGCGUGACCCUGUCUGACGGCAGUGUCAUCAACGCCGCCAAAGAGGUCAUUCUUUCUGCCGGAUCUAUCCAGAGCCCUGGAAUCUUGGAGCUUUCUGGCAUCGGUCAGGCCGCCGUCAUCGAGGCGGCUGGAGUGACUCCUGUCAUUGAUCUGCCCGGAGUUGGCGAAAACUACCAAGACCACAUCCGUACUUCGAAUGUUUACCGCCUGAAAGACGGUAUUGAUUCGUUCGACAACUUGAUAUUCGACGCCGGCGGUGAAAAUGCCACUGCAGAGCUCCAGAAAUGGAUCGACGGAGAAGUCUCACUGUACGACUACACAUCGGCUGCGUAUGGAUUCUUGAACUGGGGUCAGGUCGACACUCAGGCACAAGCCGAUCUCAUUGCCUUGGCUGAAGCUGCGGUGGGCAGCAGCACAAACCCUAUCGACCAGAAGAAGCUCGAAUUCCUGAAGAAUGAUGCCGUCCCCGACUACGAGCUCAUCUUCGAGGCCAACCACGUCGGUGCCGCCGGGUACCCUGGAUCGGGCAAGUUCAUCACCAUCUUCAGCACCGUCAUGCAUGCUCUCAGUCGUGGCAAUGUGCACAUUGACCGGGCAAACCCAACGGGCAAGCCGAUCGUGGACCCCAAAUACCUUAGCAAUGAGCACGACGUGAAAGCUGCCAUUGAGGGCUCGAAGUUCGCGCGCAAGAUCGCAGAGGCGGGGCCCAUCAAGGCCAUGUGGGAGGCCGAAACAGAACCGGGUCCGGACGUUCAGACUGACGAGCAGUUCCGCGAAUUCGCCGUCAACACAGUCAACAGCUUUUACCACCCUGUUGGAACCUGCUCUCUUCUGCCCAGAGAUGAUGGUGGUGUUGUUGAUGCGGAUUUGAAGGUCUAUGGAACUAAGAACUUGCGUGUGGUUGACAACAGCAUUGUUCCUAUCAUCAUUUCAGGACAUAUCCAAACGGCGGCCUACGGUAUCGCUGAGGUAGCCGCUGCUAAGAUCAUUUCUGAGGCAGCCUAG